AUAAGUCUUUAAAUGUUCAGUGUUAUGUAUAAGCGUUUUUUUUUAGUACGUAAAGUCUUACGCUGAUUAUCAUUUUUGUGUUUUGGUAGUAUGGUCUUGUUUCCACAUUAUUAACGGUUUUUAUUUUUACGUCUGAAAUAUAUUCGUCUCUGCAUUUUUCGUAUUUUUCAUACAUUAAAAAUCUAUCACUGAAGAACUUUGUAUUAUUACUUAAAGUUUUAAAUGAUUAUCGUGACUCUUGAUUCUUUUAAUUGUGCUGUAUUGUAAUAAAAGUAUGAACCACUGAACCAUUGAUUCCAUUAAAUCCAUUGAUUCCGAAAAAAAAAAAAUCAUUGGUUUAACUUAUAAUUGUUUACAAUUCAUCACUCCAUAACAAUAUGGAUGUAUCGAGUUUAAUAAACUCAAUUUUAGCAGACGAUGGAUAUAAUGCAUUGUCAGAAGAUACUAAAAACAAGUUUGAACAGUAUUUGCAUACUCCUACAGUUCGUUCCGAUGACAAAACAAGUGCGUCAAAUAAAUCUGGUAGCAAACCAGAUAUUGAUUUUGAUAUGCUCAACAAUAGUACUAGUAUACGAGAAGCCAAAUUUAUGGAAUUACAAAAAGAAAUUGAAAUAAUUAACGAUCAAUUUAAAAAUACAUUAAAACAAAAACAUGAGUUGAUGUUACACAAUGAAACUCUGUUAAAAAAUUUACAUGAAGCUGAAAUUAGAGAAAGAAUGACUAAAAUGGAUGAUGGAAUAUUGCAGUUAAAAAUUGAUACAUUAACUGAUAGUUUAUCCAAAUGUACUCAUGAAUUAUCAGAUCUUCAAUCAAAGUACCACAGAGAAGUAAAUGAAUUAAAACCAGAUUUAGAACAAAAAGAAGCAGAGGUUUUGAUGUUAAAGAAUGAUGUAAAUUUGUUACAAAUAAAAUAUAAAAAUCAAGAAAAUAUUAUAAGCAUAAUGAAACGUGAAAUUGAUGAUUUAAAUCUUGAACAUGCAAAUGAAAUUGAACAAAUUAAAAAAGAAUUAACUAAUGUUCAUAAUUUGAUGAAUCAUUACAAAGAAUGUUACGAGAAGGAAGUAGAUCAGACAAAAAAGCUUACAGCUAAUAUUUUAGAGAAUAAAGAUUAUGUAUGCUCAUUAAUAACAUCUUUAAAUGAUGCUGAAAAUAAAUUCUCAACACUUUCAAAUGAAUUUGAACAAUACAAAUCAGCCAAGGAAAAUACAAUUAUUGCAAUAUCAAACAAGUUGAAUGCUUCAGAAGAAAUAGUUAAACAAUUACUUCCUGUUGAUAAAGAAAAUUCCAACUAUCUGAUUCAUCGAGGUACAACAAUUACUGAUGUAUAUGCUAUUUAUAAAGAAACAUGUUUAAAUUUACAAGAUACAACUCGCGAACUUGAAAAUAGCAAAAGAAACUUUAAUAUCUUAAAACAACAAAUCAUGGAUGCUGCUCCAGCUGUUGAUAAAUUAGAAACUGAUUUAAUUCAAUCUAACGAAAAAGUAAAAUCCUUGUGUGAAGAUAUUUUAAGAUUAGAAACAAAAUUAGAAGAUGUUAAUAACAAAUUAGAAUUGUCUAAUACAAAGUGUGAUCAGUUAUCAAAAGAUAAUGAAAAACUUCGUAGUAUUGAAGAUGACUUGAGCAAACAAAUAUGUUUCUUAUUACGAAAUAAUCAAUGUAAUAAACGUUUUGAAAAUCGAAAUAGUGGAACAGAUAUGAGUCCUCAGUCGAUUAUUUCAAAAAAUUAUGUGACAUUUGAAAACAUUCAAGGUUUGCAAAGACAAAAUAAGAAAUUAUUAGCAGUUCUGCGUUCUUUAACUGUAGAAAAUGAUGAAAAAGAAGUACAAUUAAUAAAAGAUUUAAAGGCAAAUAUUAAAAUCUUGGAAGAAAAGCUAGAAACACAGGCUCAAUUAAUUACACAACAAAAGGAAACAAUAUCCAAAACUCAAUCAUUAGAUUCAAAAUCAAAUUUACUUAAACAAUCAAAUGAUUUUGAACAAAAGAAUGUACAGAGUUCUGCUAAAUUGGUACUAGAAAAUGAUAAAGAAAAUAUUUUCAAUCAAUCUGAAGAAAAUAUAGAUCAACUCAAACAUCAACUUUCUACUGCUAAUAUAACGAUAAACCAAUAUAAAGAUAAACUUGAAUCUAAUAGUGUUGCUCGUAUGCAACUUGAACAACAUGUUCAAGGAUUAAAUCAUCAAAUUGAUGAACUAUUUGGGAAAUUAAAAUCUGCUAAUAUUAAACAUACUGAAAAUGCAGAAAAUGUAGCUUUUCUACAGAGGAAAAUAUCUACAUUAGAACAUGAAAACAGUGAGCUCAAACUUGAGUUUGAUAAAUUUAAAAGUCAAUACAAUAAUUUGAAAAAGGAAAAUGAUAAUAUGUAUUUAUCAAAUAUGAAUUAUUCUCGUGAAUUAAGACAAAAAUCUGAAUUACAAAAAGAAUUUGAAAAAACUCUAGCUUCUCAAUUAGAUUCAUUAAUUAUUAAUUGGAAUGUAACCUUAGCUUAUAUUGCUGAAACUGAUUAUGAUAAAGUUAAAUUCAAAGAUGAAUAUAAGAAACUAACCAAAACAUUAAAGGAUGUUCGGGAUAAUUUACUUAUAAAAUUAGAAGCCAUUGAAGAUUUGAGUACAUCUAGGGAAAUGUCUCGAUCCAGAACAAAUUCAUUGAGUUUAUGUUCUGAUGAAAGAUCUAACUUCCAAAAUGUUGUUAAUAAGCUUGAACAUGAAGUAAAAAAUUUAAAAUCCAAACUCAAUGAAAGUGACCAACUGAAAAAUCAAUUAAAAUCAGAAUUAAAUGUGACCAAACAACUGUAUAAAUCAUUGGAGGAGAAUUUGAAAAAAAUGAGUGAGUACUCUUCUCAAUUAGAGAAUGAACGUGAUAUUAAAAAAAAAGAAAUUUUAGAAAAGGAUCAACAAUUAGUAAAUGUUAUGCAAGAGUUAAGUGAAUUUAACUUAUCUCAAAAGGAUAACAUUAUUAAAUUACAAAAUCAGUUAUUAGAAUAUGAACAGAAUAGUAGUAAAGUGUUAGAAGAACUAGAAAUGGCCAAAAAUUAUAGUGAUGGUCUAUUAAAAACAAUUACAGAACAAAAUAAUAAAAUAAUAAAACUUGAAGAAGAAUUAAAAAAAUCUGUUGAUGACAAAGAUAAAUUAGAAAAAGGAUUAAAUCAUAAAUUAGCUCAUUACAAAAAUAAGUUAGAAAGAUUAGAUGCAUUGGAGUUAUUUAAUAAAACGAAAUCUACAGAAAUAGAUCAUUUGAAAAACCAAAAAGCUACAAUUGAAAAAUCUGUUGAAGAAAUGAAAGAAAUGCAUAAAACGCAAAUAAUGAAGUUAGGCAAUGAAAUUGAUUGUCUAAAAGAAACAAUAAAACGCUGGCAGUUUGAAAAUGAAUUAUUAUCAGAUCAGUACAAAUUAAUAACUAAUGAACUAAUGAAUUUAGAACGUUUGAAUAACAGUAAAGUAUCAGACAAAGAUGAUAGUUUGAAUACUUCUUCUAUGGAUACAAAUGUUUUUGAUAAACAGCUUACAAAAAUGGCCAAAUUGAUAAAUAUUUUAAAAGAAGAAAAACACUCAAUCAUUUUUGAAUUAAACAAAACAGUUACUGAAUCUAAUAAACUGAAAUCUGAUUUACAAUACAAAUCAAAAAUAAUUGAUGAUUUGCAAAAUCAAAUGAAAGAACUUAGACAGUUGCAUACAUCUGGCUUAGUAAUUAAUUAUGAUCACUCUAAAAUUUUAGAAAAGAUAGAGUUUUGCAAUCAAAUUGAAGAAAAAAAUAAAAUUCUAGAAGAAAAUAAUGUAAUGCUAACCAGUCAACUUAAAGAGUUACAAGAAUUAGAUGUAAAAAAAACUGCUGAGAUUACUGCUUUAAAAGAUGAUAUGUCAGGAAUGCAAAGUUUAAUUGAUCAAAAAGCAGCUGAGAUAAUAUCUGUACAAAAGAAUAUCGCAAGGUGGAAAGAACGAUCAAGUGGUACCCAUUCUGAUGUAGAAUAUAAACAAUUACUAAAUACUUUGGAACGAGAAAAAGGAAAAAUGACCACUGCUCUUGAUCAAUUAAAAUCUAUGAAAUCUGAUAAAUCAUGUUUAGAAGAAUUGUUGAAGAAACUAGAAUCUGAUCAUUCCGAAGAAAUAAAUUCAUUAAAACAAGAAUUAAUGAAGUCAAAAACAAAAAUAGUUUCCAUUAAUAAGUCUAUGGAAACAUUUAAAAAUAUCAUCCGCUCGUAUAGACAGAAAUUUACAAAUGUUGCAGAUGAAAUAUAUAAAGUUAAAGUACUAGCUAGGCGUUAUAAACAUCAAAGUGAAGAAUUAAAUAGUACAUUAAGUACCGAAAGAAGUUCAUGGCAAACUAAGCAAGAUGAACAACAGCAAGGGAGCAGUAAAAUAUCAAUAGAUAUUGAUGAACGCAAAAAACUAAUAGAACAAGGAAAGCAAGAGCAAACAACUGAAAGUGAAUCUCUCAUUAUUGAACUCAGAGCUAAAGUAGCGGAAGCUGAAGCUGGUUUAAAUGCUGCAAAAUCUGAAUUAGAAAUGACAAAAGCAAAAAGUGAUGAUAAAGAAAUGCGUGCAAAACAACUAUUACAGCAAGUCAGAAGUAGAAUUCAAAAUGUUUCAAGAGAACUUGAUAAUACUAAAAGACAACGUGAUGGCUUAUUAGUUCGAUUAGAAGCAGAAGGUGGUGCUCGAAUACAAGAAUACCAGGUUCAAAUAACACAUUUAGAACAAGAAAAUCGUAAGCUUAUAUCAGAAAAAGAACAGAUUACAUCAGAAAAAGAGCGUUUAUCUAAUGAUAUACAAAUGCUAAACCGUAGAGUCACAGCUUUAAUGAAACAAUUUGCUAAUCAACAGGUAAAACCAUCAACUAGUACUGGUUCUGAUAAACCUUCUGUUGAGCCUCCUACAGCCAACAUUAAGCCUUUAGGACCCACAGUUAAUAAACCUCAACCUGUGCAUCAUUCUGUAACAGUUAACCCAUGGCGAUCUGCAGCUGCCGAAACUCCAUUGGCUAGUAUUAAACCUAUGACUAUGCAGCCUAGAAGUGUAGUAGUAUUACCAACUAGUCAAACAUCAUCUACAUCAAGCCAAAAUUCAUUGAGUGGAACUAGUAGUAGUACAACUAUUACUGUUCAUCCACAACAACCACAGUCAAUAGAUAUAAGUAGCAGUGGUGGUAAUGCAUUGGAUUCGUCUGAAGCAAAUAGUUCUGCACAAAGUCGUCAUUUAACUAGCAGUACUUUAGUGCAACAUGUUGAGGGAUCUGAAUCUACAGCAACAGUUUCUGAUUCUAAUGAAACAACUGCUACUACACCCCCAUCAAUCUUGCCUCUCCAGCAAAUUAUAGGAAGUGCAGCUGCUCCAAGUGUUGCUGCUGCACAAGCAAGUCCAGCUAUUAGUAUUGCUUUGGUGGUACCACAAGGUAGAGAACAAGUUCAAACAACUGUUUCACAACCAACUACAGUAUCUGUAUCAACUGUAUCUCCUUCACAAAGUCAAAUAGACAGAUACAGUGCUCAAAAUGAAAAUGGCUUAGCAACCGAAAGUAGCAGUAGCAGCAAUAUUGCUAGUUCUACAGCUCCUGGUCCUUUGACUGAAUCAGAACCAUCAGUUGUUACUGCUUGCACUAGUGGUCCCAGUUGCUCCUCUUUAGAUACAACUACACAUUCUAACAACACUCAAAGAAAACGAAAAGCUGAUCUUCUUGUGACUUCAUAUUUAAAAAGAUCUAAAUCAUUUAUGCCCAGAGAAGAAAACCGGAGAGAAAUGGAGUAUGAAGCACCUACAUCUUCUCAAAGGGAUUCAGAAGUUAGUAAUUCAUAUACCGGCCCAGAAAGUAAUCCACAAGAUAAUAAGGAAGUUGAGGCAAAUACAGAUAUGGAAGUUACAAGUGAAGCAACCCAUGAAAAUAAUGAAGUUGACCUAACAAGCCAAGAAUGUUCAGCAGACACCAAUAAUAUGAAUGAAACAAAUGAUAUGCAGAAUGAAGAAACAGAACAGACAACAGGAGAAAAUACACCAGAACAUUCUUCAUCAAAUGCUGAAGCUACUGCAAUGAGUGUUGUUGAAGAAGACUCUCCUGAAGUAAUUUGCUUCCAAGAAUUUCAAAACACACCUGUUUCUUCUGCGAGUUGCGAAGAAACAAAGACUACUGAUAAUGUAACAUCAGAUGCUGAAUCAAGGCAGAAUGAAAGUGAUUCUACUCCCAUUGAACCUCAAGCGGGAACAUCAAGUGAUACUAUGGACACAGUUGGUGUUUCUCAAUCUACUGAAAAUGUUGAAACUGAUACACUUGAUUUGGUUCAAACUAAAACAAUGAUUUUAGAACAAGAAACAGUUGAAGUCUUAUCAUCAGAGAAUGAAGAAGAAAUAGGAAUAAAAUCAGCUCUUGAAGAAACUGAAAAUAAUGUCAGCCUUGAUCCUGAAAUUAUAUCUGUAAGCUCAUCCCCCAGCAAAGAUAAUGAAGUUAUUAGAGAAGAGUCGCCUGUAGCAGGACCUAGUGGUGUAACUAGUGAUUCUUCAGCCAACGAACGCAAACCUAUAACAUGGAAUGAAUCUCCAUAAUAAGUUUAAGACAAACUAUGAAGUUUAUUAACAAUUGAUAUUAUAAUACUAUGGUGGUGCCGUAA